GGAAAUCAAACGGCCCCGACAUGAAUUAGGCAGCGGCUGCAGAGGGGAGGGCCCCCUCUCCCGCUCGCUAGCUGGUCCCGCACAGCGCCGGCGGGAGCAGCGCCGCCCCGCUUGGAGCGGCGGCUCGGGGCGCGCACGCACACACGGACCGGCGGCGGCCCGGCGGGAGGGCGGGGUGGCCGGCAGAUGAAGAUGGCAAUGUCUGUGAUCCAAGCGUGCCGCAGCCUGGCGCUCUCAACAUGGCUGCUGUCCUUUUGUUUCGUGCAUCUGCUGUGCCUGGACUUCACCGUGGCCGAGAAGGAGGAGUGGUACACGGCCUUCGUCAACAUCACCUACGCCGACCCGGCAGCCGGCAGCGCCGAGCUCCGCAGCGAGAAGAGCGAGUGCGGGCGCUACGGCGAGCAGUCGCCCAAGCAGGACGCCCGCGGGCAGGUCGCUCUCUCCGCCUCGCCCGCCGACCGCUACGCCUGCGACCCUGGCACCCGCUUCAAUGCCCCGGCGCCGGGCAAGAGCUGGGUGGCCCUGAUCCCGCGGGGAAAUUGCACCUACAAGGACAAGAUCCGCCACGCCGCCGCCCAGAACGCCUCCGCCGUCGUCAUCUAUAACGUGGGCUCCAGCAACGCCAACGAGACCAUCACCAUGCCCCACGCAGGCUUAGAAGAUGUUGUAGCAAUAAUGAUUCCUGAACCCAAAGGAAAAGAGAUAGUGAGCCUCCUGGAGAGGAACAUUACUGUGAUGAUGUACAUAACCAUCGGGACACGCAACCUGCAGAAGUACGUCAGCCGGACCUCGGUGGUGUUUGUCUCCAUCUCAUUCAUUGUGCUGAUGAUCAUCUCCUUGGCAUGGCUGGUCUUCUACUACAUCCAGAGAUUCCGCUAUGCAAAUGCCAGAGACAGAAAUCAGCGCCGGCUUGGAGAUGCUGCGAAGAAAGCAAUCAGCAAGCUGCAAGUCAGAACAAUCAGGAAAGGUGACAAGGAGACUGAGCCAGACUUUGAUAACUGUGCUGUUUGUAUCGAAGGCUACAAGCCCAAUGAUGUUGUCAGGAUAUUGCCUUGCAGGCAUCUUUUCCACAAGUCCUGUGUAGACCCCUGGCUGCUAGACCAUCGUACCUGCCCGAUGUGUAAAAUGAAUAUUCUAAAAGCUCUAGGGAUUCCGCCAAACGCAGAUUGCAUGGAUGAUAUACCUCCAGACUUGGAAUCAUCCAUAGGAGGACCACCAACCAACCAGAUCACAGGAGCCAGUGACAUUACCGUGAACGAAAGCUCCGUGGCCCUGGAUCCCCCAGCCCGGACCGUGGGGGUGCUACAAGUCAUCCAAGACGUAGACUCCUUUCCCCAGGCUGGCGAGGGUAACUUCACAACAAGCAAUGAACAGGAGCCAGCAGUCAGCAGUGAUUCAGAUAUUUCAUUGAUUAUGGCAAUGGAGGUUGGACUCUCCGAUGUGGAGCUUUCCACUGAUCAAGACUGCGAAGAGGUGAAAUCUUGAAAAACAGAGCUCCAGCACUAAACUACAGGGGAGGGUCACAGGUAGGGACCGAGUCAGCUUUCUAGGAUUUGGACCAGUUGUGCAUAUGCCUCCAGAGCACUGUCACUCCUGCACACUCCAUGCUGAGAUGGUCAUGAAAAGCAAUAGCAACUGUUGUGUCUGCCUGGAUGCGGUUUCAUCAUCUACACACCUUCAUUUGGUUCACAUGGGAGAUGGACACUUCCAGCUUACCCACGUGCUUGAGAGCAGUCAUGGAACUCUCCAGGGGCUCAUAAAUGUGCAACUGAAAUGACAGCUUGAGUGUUUUUUACACUUGUUCAAUCAAAUUUUUGUUGUGUUUUUUGAAAAGGCAUAUGUUUAUUUUGUUUGUUUAUUUGUUUAUAAUUUGUUAUGGAUGGACACUCUGUUUUUAUUGACUGACACCAGCUUUUUCAAGAGUUCAGUCCAGAAACCUGAAUUCCCAUUCACUGGUCAUUUCAUGAUCUGACCAGGAUUUAUUGCCUUGUUGUUUCUUCAUGAAUUACAUGUGGCUGGCUUCAGAAGGAUCAUGCACCAGCAUCCUGCAUUAUGUAACACCUGCCUUCAUGAAGUGGCAGGCUUGGAAAUUAUAUAUUCUGAAGGCUUCUAUCUGUUAGAGAGCUCUGAAUUAGCAGAAAUUUGGGUUAAAAUGGCAUUAGUUUGUCUCUUAUUUAAGGUUCUUUUCUAGACAAGUAUUGUACAGUGUGAAGGAGAGAAAGAAGAGCUUAAAGCAUCACUCCAUCCAUGUAGUCCUGUCCUGUAUUUUAUGCUGUUUACAGGUGUCAGUACAUUUGUGUCCUUCCUCCAAGUGACAAUUCAGUAGCUGGAAAAAAGAUCUAGCAUAACAUCACUUCCUAAUUUUACAGACCAAAACCAGAUCAGUGGGCUAAAGGAGCAUCUGAGAGGUUUCUAGAGGCUGCUUAUUAACAGUUCUGCAUUAAGCAGGUGACAGUAUUCUUACAAAAGGGCUGGAGAUGCUGCUGUCAGUGUCAGAAAUUGCUAAGGGAACAAGAGGCAGCCAUUUGAAAUGUUUAUUUCCUGGUUUGCUUUGGGCCUUUUCACUUAGUGUGUGUCAUUUCUUACAUUUUGACAGCAGUUUUUGUCUGCUUGUUAUCUAACAAGAGUUCAGGUGGUUUGUUGCCCUCCAGAGUCACCAUCAAUGUUUUCAGAAGCAUAACAGAAUAUUUGCAAUUUGUAUACAGACAGAUGCACCAAAAUAUAUUGGGGAGGGAAUUUGAAAAUAAAAGAGCUAAUAUAAGUCAAAACACCUAAAUAAUAAUGACCUGACAUCAUAAUUUAUUUCAUCCUGAGCUCUGCUUUCCAGGUAAGAGCUCAUUGUUAAUUGUUCAAUGUGUGAUUUGGUUUUUCAGUCAAAAUGCUCAACUGUGAAGAAGCUUACUGUUACACAAGACUACAUAGUUUCUGUUGAGAGUCAGAUGAUUUGAAUCACAUUGCUGCCUCCUGAGUCAGUCCACAGAAUCAACAAUUCAUCUUACAUUGAAAUUUCAUGCAGAGGUCAAACAUUUUGACUUGGCAGUGUCAUGGCGGCAUCUCAAAAUGCAAUUGUUGGGGCUCACUGCAUUUAAUCUCCUUGUGGCUUUACUUGUUAAAUGUGAAAACCAGCUUCCAGCCAAAAUUUAUGUUUGUCAGAUUUUAUUCAGGGACAAAUGUGUUUAUCCCUAAAAUUUUGGCUGCCUUGCUUCUUCAGUACAGAAAGAAGGAAAAAAUAUUCUCCAUGCUCUUCUGUCUAUUUAGAACUAAUUAAACAAUUAGUGUAAUUUUGUUUUAUGUUCUUUGUCCCUAAAUUGCAGGGUAAUCUUGAGGUAAAGGUUUUAAACUGAAAGAGGGCAGAUUUAGAUUAGAUAUUAGAAAUAAAUUAAUUCUGUGAGGGUGGUGAGGCACUGGAAGGGGUUGCCCAGAGAAGCUGUGGAUGCCCCAUCCCUGAAAGUGUUCAAGGCCAGGUUGGAUGGAGCUCUGAGCAACUUUGUCUAGGGAAAGAUGUCCCUGGCCAUGGCAGAGGGUUUGGAACUAGAUGAUCUUUAAGGUCCUUUCCAACCCAAGUCAUCUGUGAUUCUAUGAAAAUGACCCAUAAAUGUGCUGUUACGUCUUUAGAAGCUGUUGGAAUUAAAAUCUUUUUUCAAUUAAAGAGAUUGAGGCUGCUGGAAAUCUUGGUUAAAAAGCUGGAAAUCUUGGUUAAAAAGAGUGUUCACGUGUUCCAGAGGGUGGUUAGGUUAGUCUUGACUAUAUUUGUGGUUUUGUAAUCUCGUUUUCCUUAUUCUUUUAUGUCUUCUCUAUUCCUUGCUGCUAUAGGAAAGGUCUGACACAUCAAUGUUGAAAUUGAUCCCUACACACGAGAGUUUGCACAAGGUACUGCAUCAGCUCCACUUAAACUCUGUAGAUAAUGCUGAAAUCAAAUUUAAGUGGUGCUUACAUCAAAUUUUGACCCAGGAAUGAAAUUAAUUUCAAACGACUGCAGGGGAAGGAGUGAGGUUGGUUAUAUACAGUCAGGGCUCCUUAUAGAAAGUCCACACACUGGUACAAUUUCUUCUGUAGCACUGGAGCCUGGGUGCUACAUGUCACAGGAACGUCACAAACGAUGUCCAAGUUGUCAGUGAUCCUUUCACGUAUGCACACUGUAGCUCAGCACACAGGCAGAGAACUCCUGGCCAAACUGCUUGGGUUUCAGAGGAGCUGUCACAAAGUCUUCAUUUUAUUUCGUGAACUGAAUUACGUUGAUCUCAAUGGAUAGAUUGACCAAUUAGCUGUUGCCGUAGCAGAACCACCCACGGCACAGCAGAACAAACAAAGUCUGUGGAAAAGCAAGGCAGGAGAGGAAACUCCCAGCUGAUAUUGAGCUGGGUCCUUUGCCCAGGAAAAUUAUUAAAGGGAGCUGUGCUCAAAAAGGCAUCACAGAUUUGGUAAUUCAGACUCUGCAUGUAUUUCUGAGAGUUAAUGAGGAACUUUGUAGACGUUCUGUGCUGUGCACACACUUUUUCUAAAUAUCCCAUGUUAGAUCUGGUCCCUGGGGGCCCACAGGUGGCCACUAGCAGAGGCAGGGUGCCAGGCUGGGUGAGUGGUUUUGACAUAUCACCAAUUAGUGAUAUGCCUUUUAGAAGAGGCAUCCUAGCAAAUCUGGGUCAGGAAUCUUUGCUUUUGUUUUCCCAGUUCUACCUGCAGCUUCACUCAGGGAAGAUGUUGUUCCAUCCCUGUCCUCAGGUGUUCUGCAGCUCUGAGCACUGUUAAGUGAUGAUAAAGGCAAAGCUGGGUUACAUAUCACUGAAGCCUGAACUUAGGAAAGCUUACUUAAGUAAAUGUUGUAUUCUGUCCUUCUUAAAAAAAAAACACAAUUAAUUUUGGACUUGCACUAAAAUUGCAUUAUUUUCAACAGGUCUUCUAUGAGCAUACAUAAGCCCCUGUGUCAAAAAGAAAUGUUUUCCUGAAGCUUGACCUGACUGACAAUAUCCUUUGCAUAUAUAACCUGUGAACUGCCUUGGGAAUUUGAGGUGCUUCGUAAACGUUAAGACCCCCUGAUGUGUGUUUGUAACAUGUAUGAAAGCCUUAAUUCUGUACAUCUGCAUGCCCAUGCACACCUUGGUACUGCUGCCUGCUGAGCCUGGCCAUUAAAUAGGUGGGGCUCAGCUGCUGGGGAUGCAGUACUGGGUGUUCAGAAGGGAGAGCAGCCUUUAGCAUGCAGCCAGGAAAGAACAAAAUCCUCUAGAGCCCUCUGACAAGCAAGUGUUCAUGGAUACAAUUCUGCAGGCUGGCGCCAUGACUGAGUGGGUGGCAUCUCCUGCACAGGGGCAGUGGCAUGGGGAUUCUGUGUCUCCCCAUGCCAUUAAUUGUCAUUAAUUGGUCCUGUGCUUCUCCCAGAAAUUCUUGUCUUGUCAUCUGAAGCACUUUUAUUUUCCAUGAGCAAGUGGUAGGUGGAAGAAACAUUUGCCUUAGUGAGGCUCAUUAUCCCUCAGACUCGGUUGCAGGACAGAACCUGGUGAGACAGAAACUGCACUCAGAGUAUACUUGGAUUUUCUUGGGUUUCACUGAGCUGCCUUCCCAAAGGUCUGUUCAAUAAGUAGGUUGCAUAGACAUACGCAGAAUUUUGCACUCACAGAUGACCUGAUGUGUGCAUGCAGAUGUGCAAGGCAUCAGGUCUACAUCCUCUCCCCACAGCUCACCUGUUCUGGUGGGGAUACAGAUCUGGCACUUACUGAGGGUUUGGGGUCUUUUGUGUCCUGACUGCUUUAGGGCCCCAAAACCAGGAUCAGGACUAUCAUAGCACUGCAAUUCAUUCUUUAAGCACUCUAUAGAAUUAGAUUGACAUGUAUGCUUUAAAAGUGCAUUGAUCUGAGUAUGGAGACUGUACUGUUGUGAAAUCAGAAGCAGUUGUCAUUUGUAGGCCUUUUAUUUGAGGGAGAUUGUGGCACAAAGAAAAAAGGCUUUAUAAAGGCAAUUUGGAAAAAGAAAUUAUUGAAAUCACAUAUGAUAAGUGGUCCCUUGGAUUUCACUAAUGACCUCUGGAUCAAAUCCCAAGGAAGUCAAUGAUGUUGGGGUGCAUCCAUUUCACAGGACUAAAAUUGCCGAGAAAUCCAGCCUGUUCCUUCCCAGCCUGUCUCACAAGUGUUUGUCCGAGGCUGAGCCUUUGUUGCAGAAGGAGAUCACGGGAUCAAACUUGCACAGUGCUGCUUCUCCUCCUGUGUUUUGUGCUGCCAGUAUCUCUUGGAGCAGGUUGGAGAGGGGAAGGGAGCUUGCCAAAGUUCAGCUCCAGGGCUUGGUGAAAAAAAGGCUGUGGGUUCCAGCAAGCUGUGGACAGCCAAGCUGGGGACAGCCAAGCUUCUUCGUGGCUAGUGCUGACCCUGGGGACUGGAACUUUGUUGAUGAACACUGAGGCCAUGUGGACUCAUUUGUUUUGUAGAUGCAAAAACAUGUGAGUGUAUUUGGGGCAGGCAGCAUGACGGCUGUGAAUCAACUUGGUUAGCGUGAGCAGGAAACACAAUGGGGAGUAGUUUAGGGCUGAGGGAAAAUGAGGCUGGAGGUAUUGCUUUCACAGGCUUUUUCAAUAGGGGAAAUUGAUCCAAAAUAAGCACUGCUUUCAUUUUACCAAGCUGUUACCUGAACUAAUUGAUAGUUUCAGAGAAUGAGGAAUGCCAGAUGGACUGUUCAGGGAGGAUUUGUUUGUGAAGCAGAUGGCAGCUGCGGGUAGGGACAGAGAGUGAGGGCAAGGGUGAGGGAUGCCCCUCUGCCAUGCCACUUACCCCGCUGGGCUGAACACCCACUUGGCCCCUUUAUCUGCCCAUUUCUUUUUCAAGGAAGCACCCUUCUAAGCAGGAGCUGUAUUUUAAAGGGUGAAAUAAAGAAAUGAAAGAUGUGGAUUCUGAAUGAAAAGCCAACAGAUGAUUUUUCCAUCUGAAAUUAAUCUUGUCUCCCUCCAACAUUUUAAUUGUGAAUUUCUGGAAGUUACUUCUUUCUGUAGUGAAUGGGAAAAGAAAUGAGAGAAAAAAAAUAAUGAGUAAUAGUGUUUUCCCUUUCUUGUGUUUUUCUUGAUUCUUGGUCCUGAGUAGCAUUAAACACAAUAGCCAAAUCAAGAUGCUUGUUUGCUCUGAAUGUAUACAGUUAUUUCAGAUGUCAAAUAUCUAAAUGUUUUGUAUAUGUAUGUAAUGCCAUCCACAAUACUUGUUUCAUGUUAGGAACCUGAAAUGACUGUACCAUUUUAUAAUUAGAUAUGUAAAGAGGGGACAGUGGGUGGGAGGUGGGAGGGUCUGUUAUUUUUAUACCAAGAUGUUCCUUGUAUUUAGUGAACACUUAAAAUGGUUUUGUACUUGUCAAAAUAUACAUUCCAUCCAUUUCCAGAAGAUAAUUAUUUCUAUUUAGAGUAGUUUAUAAGCAAACCAAAAAAAAAAAAAAAAAAAAAAAAAAAAAAAAAAAAAAGGUGGCAUCCCACUUAUAUGCAGUUCCUGAACAAAGCAGCAGUAUCCUGGUAUCCUGGUUUUCAGCGAUGGCUACAAAGUUUUUUCCAGCCAUGUCUCUUCUCACGUGCAGCAGAGCCAUACCAGCAAAUGCCAGUGUUAUGAAGGGAAUUAAAAUCCCAAAUUAAAUAAAUACCACAUGGAUCAGUGCACAGCUUAAAAAAAUAACUUCAUUAAGUUCAGAGACAAUGGUCUGUCCCAGUGAAAUUCUCCAAAGUAAUCAGUCCUGCUCAGGACAUCAGAAGCAGAUUUACCAGGAGGCUUCAGCUCUCUGUCCCUGCCUGGCAGAGCCACCAGCCUCAGCAAGCUGGGGGGAUGCAGGGUUCUCAUACUCCUGCAUUGUGGCUCUGGCUGUGCUGCAGCUUUGGUUUGAGAAAUACCUACCAAAAGGUCAUGGCAAAGCCAUACUGUGGCAUUUGCAUGAGCCAUCCUUUUUCUUGUAGUUGGCUUUUUCAUUCCCUCCCUUUCGCUGCUACCUGUGACGUGCUGCCAAAGCUGUGCGGUAGCAGUUUGUGAAGAUUUUUUUGCCUUUUUUCCCUUCUGUACAGUCUUGCAAAUAAAAUUUUAACUCUUUGCUGACAUUUUAUAACGUAUACAUCUUCCUCUCCAAUGCACUUUAUCUCUCUUGAAAAAUGUGGGAGUCAGAGAACUACCAUCUUAAAGGGAUUUGCCUGAAAUCAUGAGACACAUACUUUUUAUUAUUUUGUGUCCUUUUUGCUUUGUUAAAUACUGUAAAUGCUAAAGAGCGCAGACAGUGACUCAGCUGGGGGAAAUACCGAAAUGUUGAGGCUAAUACUUGGAAGCAUUAAUCAGUAGUCCAACAUGGCAAUUUUUGUUAUAUAGAGGAUUAUAAUGUAAAUAUGUGAGACUGUGUUAUUACGUACUAGUAAAAUAUUGCAACUCUCAAAGUUGAAAUGGUGAAUUCCAAGGAAUUUUAUUGCAGGUUUUUUAAUAAAACAAAUCUGAUUAUUGUGUUGUA